CAACAUUAAUCAUGUUUUGGGGCAAGUUUUAGCAUCGACUAUUUACAAGAAACAGAGUUACAGCUUUGCCAUUGGAAGCAUCGGGAAGAGGGCGGGAAUAAAUGUGCGGUGGUUUGGGAGCAGGGAGGGAGGCAGUCAGACAGGACAGGGCAGGCACGGGACGUCGUCCUUGAGGAGUUCCAGACACUAAUGGAAAUACCAUUUUUCCAGUGUUCAGUCUUAAAUGGCGGCUCACUUUAACUUGAAUUAAUUCUUCUCAAAGUUGUUACUCUGACUUUUAAGACAGAUAAAGAUAAUUACGGUAAACCAAUGAGUUCUGCGGACGACCCACCAAACGUGAAAGCUGGUUACAGAAAUGGAGGGGCGACGGUGAAGAGAUUCAUUGAGAAAGUCCAUUCUCCUCACCUGUCCCUAAAUGACUCACUGGAGGGAGAUAUUCUGGCCUUCCUCACUGAUGAAGACCAGCUCCAUACUUAUGAUGACCUCACCAAAGUCAACCCAGUGACCCCAACAACAGUGCUGAAAUGCCUGCAGGCCAGGUACAGCGUGAAGGUGUUUUACACCCAUGCUGGCUGCACCCUGGUGGCUCUCAACCCCUUUCAGCCCAUUCCUGACCUCUACACUCUGGAUGUGAUGAAGGAGUAUCACUGCGCUCCUCAGCCCCAGGAGUUCAAACCACAUAUCUUUAUUGUGGCAGAAGAGGCCUACAGGAACGUUAAGGGUCAGCUGGAGCCAGUGAACCAGUCGCUGGUGGUCAGCGGUGAGAGUGGUGCAGGAAAGACAUGGACAUCUCGCUGCCUGAUGAAAUACUACGCCACCGUGGCGGCUGCCUCCUCAGUGGAGAAGAGUCAGGACACAGUGGAGAGGAUAGAGAGGAGAGUGCUGGACUCCAACCCUAUAAUGGAAGCUUUUGGCAAUGCCUGCACGUUACGGAACAACAACAGCAGUCGCUUUGGAAAGUACAUCCAACUGCAGCUGGACAGGUGUCAGCUGUUGGUCGGAGCGUCAGUUCAAACGUACUUGCUGGAGAAGACCAGGGUGGCCUGCCAACCAGCCAAUGAGCGGAACUUCCACAUCUUUUAUCAGAUGAUGAAAGGGGCCAGAGAUGAGCAGAGAAAGGAGUGGAUGAUGUAUCAGGACCAGUGUUAUGUGUGGCUGCCAAAUUCUGAAAAAAACAUCGAGGAGGAUUGUUUUCAUGAGACCGUGGAGGCAAUGGUUCACCUGGGCAUCGAUGCAGAGAGACAAGAACAAAUAUUUAGGAUCUUAGCAGGGAUUCUGCAGCUGGGGAACGUGAGUUUCUCUUCUUCAACGGACGAAUCCCAACCCUGUCACGUUGAUGAUCAGUCCAAAGACUUCUUGCAGAGGGCCGCUGAGCUGCUGGGUGUCCCUGCUGACGAGCUUCAGACGUGUUUAAGGGUGAGGACUCUGAAGGCUGGCAAGCAAAGCGUGCUCAAGCCCUGUCCCCAGGCCGAGUGCAGCAUGAGGAGAGACUGCCUGGCCAAAGUCAUUUACGCCCAGUUAUUUGAAUGGCUGGUUACAUUCAUCAACAACAGCAUAUGUGCGGACAAAUCCACGUGGUGCAACUUCAUUGGAGUUCUGGAUGUGUACGGCUUCGAGUGUUUCAAGACCAAUAACCUGGAGCAGCUCUGCAUCAACUACGCCAACGAGAAACUCCAGCAGCACUUUGUGGCCCAUUAUCUCAAAGCUCAGCAGGAGGAAUAUGUGUCGGAGGGGCUGAAGUGGUCCUUUGUCAAGUACCAGGACAACCAGAGCUGCCUGGAUCUCAUAGAGGGAAGCCCUGUCAGCGUGUUUUCUCUCCUGAAUGAGGAGAGUCGCCUUAAUCGAGCUUCAGACGCGAAAACGUUCAGGGUUCGUUUGGAGAAGGAGCUCUGUGAUAACACCAACAUCAGCUGGGACAAGUUCAGCAAAGUGCCACACUUCACUGUCGCCCAUUAUGCUGGCAAAGUCAGCUACCUCAUAGAGGGCAUGAUGGAGAAAAACAAGGACCCGGUGCCUCCAGAGCUCAUCGGCCUGCUUGAAAAGUCUGACAACCACCUGCUUCACCACAUCUUCACUGACAAGGAGGCAGAGAACACGACAACCAGGGGCCUCAGUAGAGUCACUGUGGUUUCCAAGUUCAAGAACUCACUAGAGAACCUGAUGAAGAUCCUCCACACCACAACCCCUCACUACACUCGCUGCAUCAAACCCAACCCUGACUGCAAGCCGCUGACCUUCAAGAAGGAGGAGGUCAUCAUGCAGUUGGAGGCCUGCGGUAUAGUGGAGACCAUUCAUAUUAGUGCUGCUGGCUUUCCAAUAAGAAUUCCUUUUAAAAGCUUCUUGCAACGUUACGGAGCCAUUUCAAAAUAUUCACCGUCAGGAAGACACAGUGUUGAUUUGGAGGCUGACAGCGAUGACAAUCUUCAGCAAGAGGCGGACAAGCUCCUCAGCGUGGCGUUACAGCAGCAGUAUUCCAGAGAAAAGCACAAUUCACUGGUGCACUGUGGAAGGACUAAAGUUUUUCUCACCCAGGCGAUGCUAGAUUUGCUGGAGGAUCAGAGGAAGAGGAUCCUGUCUCAGUGUGCCUUCACCGUUCAGUGCUGCUGGCUGCGGUACCAACGGCGCAGACGCCACGCCCACCGGCAGUCCGCCACAUUGAUCCAAGCAGUGGUGCGGUCCUGGCUGGUCAGGAGGCAGGUCCAAAGAUGGAACAGAGCAGCUGCAGUCAUCCAGAACACCUGGAGGAGCUGGAAGGCCAUGUUGAAAUCCCUGGCCGAGGCAGAGCUGGACGACGCGAAGGACCUCGAGGAAGAGGAGCCGCCGGCACUGAACGCCGUUGUCAGGGAGCGCGGCUCGGUGCAGCUCUCCACUAUCCAGGAGCCCGUCACGGUGCGAGGGUGGCCCAUGGGCCUGGCCCUGGCCUCCGCCCCGUCCAUCACCGUGUCUUUGACAGCCACGGGCUUCCAGAAGAUGAUGUCUGUGAUGGCCUCCGUCAACCUGCCGUCAAGGAGAGGACAGUACAAGGUGAAGACCAACCAGCGCACGCAGGAGCUCGCCUCCAUACGAGCUCAACCCAAAGGAUCUGUAAAGCUGCACUGCCAGAGAUCUCCACUUCUCUAUGCUGACAGGCACCCAGACCUCAAGAAAGAAGUGACAGGCUUCAAUGAGAUCCUGCUAGAGAAAACUUUGUAAAAAAAAAAAAUCACAGGUAAAAGAUAAUUUGCCAAAGAGGGGCAGUAACUGUAAAGCUACAUUUUUAUAAUAUGACACAGAGGGAACAAACUUUGUAUUUUACACUGUCACCUUGCAUUUUUUGUAUCUGAAUUAGACUACUAAACAGUGUCGAAAUACAUGUCUUCAGUAAGGAUGCAGAGAUUACCAAAGGUCUGCAACGUUGCUUAACAAUGUUGUAACAGGAGGUCAGGUAAGACCUUUAAUGCAGUGUUGACAUAUCUGGAGACAACGCUCAUCUUGAAUCCUUUAGAUCUUCCAGAAAUAAUGUCUCACUAGGUGUGAGACAGGCCAGGUGUUAUUUUUUUUUAAAGCCAUUUAUGUGCCAAGUGUCCCACAUAUAGAAAACAAUGAGACAGAUGUGAGUCGUGUUUAUAUUGCAGUCCCUCUAAGACAAGACAGACAGAGUCCUAUAUAAAAGAAAUCUUUGUACAAGUGAAAUAAUAUGUGGCACAGUCUUAGCACCUUAAAAGCAGAGGACGUGUGAUUGCUGACGUAUUGGGCCUUGUGAGGAGUGCCUUUCUUUUUAAAAGCUACACUCAAAUCAGAAAUGAACUGUUGGUAAAUGUAUUUACUUAGUUGAUUAUUUAUACGUGAUUUCAUAUAUUAAAUCCGGGUGUAAAAACAGUGGUGAUUCAGAUGCACAUAUGACUUUAGAUGUUAAAAUCCAGCAUUUACUAGUGUGUUUGAUGCAGGGAUAAUGAUAACUAAGCAAAUAUUGCACAUGCAAUGCACGUAUUGCACAUUAAAGCACGCACUUGCUGACAUACAGCAAGAGAUAGACAAUAUAGCAUAACUAGUGUAAAACCAGGAAAGGACAAACCUGGGUUUAUUCAAAUUGCUGCUUUUGUAAAUUGUAUUUUGUAACAUAUACACCAACGAGAUAACUGACGAAACGACGAAUUUGUGUUGGCUUUCAUCCAAAGCAAUUCAAGUACUGUACAGCAUGACCAAAGUCUUUUUACACUACAGUGUUUGUGUGGGAAAACAAACCUUUAUGAUGUUUAGUUUUAACAAAAAUUAUGCAUUUAACUUUACACUUGUGUUUUUUGAUCCAACAUGUUACCUUCAGGGACUCUAGUGUUCUUAACACUAGGUUUUGUCAGUGGUACCAAGGGAUCAUUGAAUCCAAACUUGAUUUAUAUUAAUAGUUAAAUGACAGUUUGUUAAAAUAAAUAUUUGUGUCAAAAAUAA